AUGGCCAACACUGACCUUUUUGCUGAUUUGUGCUGCACAGGCUAUUCUGUGGGACUGGGCUGGUCUUUGGUCCCUGUGGGCAUGGUUUCAGAAAAUACAACACAGUCUUACUACUUUGAGCUUCAAAUAGAGUCAAGUGCAUUCGACAAUUUGACUCUACUGCUCAAAACCAUUCCAGAGCUCAGUCUCGUAAAUGCAAUAGUGACUGAAAUCAGCAUUACAACAGACUGUCUAUCCAACAGCUGUAACUGCACACAAAACUACAUUUGGAAUUGUACAACAUAUCCUCAGUGCUGCAAAACCAAGACAUGUGAAAAUGUCCUUUCUGGUGCAAUGUGCAUCCAUGAAAAAAGCGUGCUUGUCAGCGGCUCAUUUACGAUUGACAAGUACUUUUCUCUGCCCCUUGAGGAACUCAAGAAGCAGCUUACAGAAAAUAUGACUAUUUAUUACAGCACUAUCAAAUGGUUUGACUCACUGACAAUUACAGGUCUAAGGUUUGGUAGUGUCACUGGAGAAUUUUUAAUGCUAAUAAACGGUGAAUUUGAUGUACAGAAACUUGUGAAUAAGACCACUGAGCUCGAGGAAACCUUAAAUGCCAUUUUCUCAAUCAUAACCACAGGAUUUGUACAAAUUAGUCAUCCUGGUCUUGUUGGUUAUUAUAAUUCUACUAGCAUCACGUGCACUAUACGUGUACAGUAUUCAGAUGUACAGUGGUCCUUAAUAAAAGAUAACACUCAAACACAAACUAUCACUAAUGGCACUGAAGCGAAUGUGUCUAUAUUUACAAGCAGCAGCACUGUUUAUCUUAAUAAAACUUCUGAAUUCUGGAAAGGGAUUUUUAGAUGUGACUAUACGUCUAAAGAAUCUAAAAACAUAAUACACAGAGCAAGUGUAUACUUGGACGUUGCACUUUUGCCCCAAAUCUUUAUCACAAGUAUGCCACAGUUUCCAAACUGUAAAAACGUAAAAAGUACUGUCGCUACUAUUAAAUGUAUCAUUCAAAACAGCACAGAGCUUUACACGUUUACCCAUUUGCCACCGGAAACUAUUGAACAGAACCCGACUUCUGUAGGCAAUACUACAAUCUACUCUGUCAUCAUGUCUAUCGACUGUUCACAAAAUAAGUCAAACUAUACUGUAACGUGUUCAUUUCAAAAUAGAAAAAAUGAUACAAGAACUGCCACAUUAAUUAUACCAAUCAUUUAUGGUGACUCAGUUAUUUGCGCACCAGAUUCUAUCUGGCCAGAAGCAAAGGCUAAUUUCACUGCAAUAUUACAAUGCAGUCCUUAUGAAACUGGUUUUACAUCAAGAAACUGCACUGAAACCUACAGUAAGCUAGGGACAUGGGGGCAAGAAAUCUCUCAGUGUGUAAACACAGACAUUUGGAACCUGCUGACUGAUGCUCAGAAUCUUCAGAGAGGAAUUGGACUCGUUCAACAGAAUGCAAAGAGUCUUUUUGGACGUUUAAAGGAUAACAGUGAGGAUCAGGUCGUUAAUACAUUCCCAAAUAUUAAUGCAUCAGUGAAUGUAUUAGACACCCUGCAUAAUGCUUCAGAGAUACAACAGUAUAAAUUCAAUGAGAGCAUUUUAACAAACUUUGUGAAAUCUUCAAGCAAUCUUUUAAAUCAGACUUUAUUACAGAGUUGGAAGUCAAGUAUAACACAGACAAGUCACGAUUUGGCUGUUACAUAUUUAAAAGCUGUUGAAGGAGUUGUAAAUCGAAUCAACAUGUCCAUGGAUGACCCACACGAGGAAGAAAAUGUCAAAUUAAUGAUAUGCAACAAACCUUCAGCUGCAUGCUAUUCUAUAUUUAACAUCACCUUGGAUGAGGUCGAAGGACCAGUUUAUAUGACUAAGCUAUACAAUCUACCUAACCUGCUACCAAAACCAAAUAACAGUAUUCUAAAUGACUUUAUGUUAUCAGUCAUUGCUGAAAAUGGAACAAGAAUCUCAAUGGAGUUCCAAAUCAAAAGACGUCCAAACCACAAAAUAUUUUGUAUGUAUUUUAAUUUUACAGCAUCUAAUUGGUCUGAAUAUGGUUGUUCUUGGGGUGGUCCAGCUGCACCAAAUCGCUGUACAUGUACUCACUUGUCUGCAUUCAUAUCUCUAAUGUCUACAACACCUGUGACAAUUUUAUAUGCAGAUGAGAUAACUUAUGCAGGUUUAGGGAUCUCAAUUUUUUCACUUGUUCUGUGUUUAGCAAUUGAGUUUUUGGUAUGGAACACUGUGGUAAAGUCUAAUAUUUCUCACUUCAGACACACUGUCUUGGUAAAUAUUGCACUCUGUUUGUUGAUAGCACACUGUACCUUCCUAGCAUCUUCCUUUUCAAACACAGAUAUUAGCCAGUGGUGUAUGGCUUUUACAGUUAUGAAGCAUUUUUGCUUCUUGGCUGUGUUUUUCUGGAUGUUGUGUAUGAGUUUGGGGCUCCUACACCAAAUGAUAUUUGUUUUUAUUCAGUUAAGAAAAAAAGUUUAUUUGGGAUUAUGUUUUAUUCUUGGUUAUGUUUGUCCUUUGUUUAUUGUAAUAAGUACAGUAAUCACUUACGACAAUGGUGCCCUUGACUCAUAUUACGUAAAUACGACAUGCUGGUUAAUAUAUGAAGGUCCUCUACAAGGAUCGAUCCAUGCCUUUGUUAUUCCUGUUGGUAUAAUUGUGCUUGUGAAUAUGUUCACCAUGGUUGUGGUUAUUAGCAGGAUUUUAAAACCCACUUUGUCUGAGGGAAAAAGUCAUGAUGAAAAGGAAAUUGUAAGAAGUGUUAUCAGAAUUGUCAUUCUCCUAACCCCAACACUUGGAAUAACAUGGAUCUUUGGCUUCUGCGUGCUAUUGUUUGACCUCACAAUGGAACCUGUUGCCCAGAUUGUAAAUUAUGCUUUUAACAUUUUAAAUUCUUUUCAGGGCUUCUUCAUUUUACUAACAGGAUGUUUCGGUGAAAAAAAGGUUCGAGAUGCACUACUCAUGCGCAUAAAACCACAGCAUUCAACCCAUUACUCAAGUAAAAGUCACUCAAUGACAAUGUCUUCAGCAGUUAAAAAAAAAUAACCGAUUUGCUUUACAAAGGCUUAUCAACAAGUACAAUGUCAUACAACCAACUAACUUGGAAGGACCAGAUCUGUUUCUGUGUAUGACAGAAACCCAUAACCAGAGUGGUCUUUUGUUUUUGGUUAGUUUGUUUAGUUUAUUUUUUGUGUUAACCUACAUAAAUACUGUAGAUAUACAGUACUGUACAAAGAAUCCUACAUAUCUAAUUGUGUUAAAUAUGUGAAUCUUUAAUUAUCGAAUUAUGCUUGCCUUGUUAUUGGAUAUCUUGAAAUUAUUGUUGUAUUAUAAUGUAAUUGUAUUUCUUUUCAUCAAAAGUAAUAAAUUAGUCAGUAGUUACAGAUUAAAUGAAAUAUGCUGGCACUUCAUUGUUUUCUCGCUAUACUGAAGGUUAUAUGGUCAUAGCAUUUUGUAAAUAGUUUUUUUCUGUAAUGUCAAAGUUGUUUCAGAAAUAUAUAGGCCUACUGCUUUUCAAAAUUACCUGCAGAUUUUUUUUUAUUUGAUAAAUAAUAAUCCUUCACAUUAUGAAACAAAAUUAAUAUUCAUAUUGGAACACUCAGGCAUAAUAAUUUUACCUAGAUAAAAUUGAGUUUUAAUAACACUAAUGUAGAAAUAAUACUAUGAUCAUUAGUUAUAUUUUUCCUUAAACGCUGUUAUGUCAUGCCUUUAUGUGGCCUUUUUUUUUCUAUUUGGUUUAGGCAAACUGGAAGAGUACAAAAUGUCUAUGAUAUCACAUGCUUUCUUACUGUUAUUAUUUUGUUCCUUUUGAUUUUUGUCUUACAUCAUGGUUUCUGGUUCUUUUUUAUAUAAAUAAAACAAGAUGUUUCCAUGUU